AUAGUAAAUCUGUUAUUGUGGCCAUGACUGGUGCUGCAUACCGGGGUGGGGUUCUGCGCGCCUCCCCCACGUCUCUGAUGCUAAUAAAGGGGCUUUACCCGGAUCUACCGCAGCAGACAUUGCUGCGGCUGCGGCUCCUCCCUGCGCUUUUAUCGCCAUAUAACAGGAUAUCUCACUGGCGCGAAAAACGCACUGUGGGCUCUCUAUUGUGAGGCGGGCGGGUCUUGCGUUUGUUGUCUGAGCCCCGGCGGUGUUUUUUCUGCUUUUAAUUUAAAGUAGUAUUUCUUUAAUAGUAAACUGAAACAGAUUUCCAGACAGCGUCCCCUUUCUCUGCCGCUUUACAGUCAAUGGUGUCAGCUUCUUGUGACUUCAUCAGCUGAAACAGGCGGAUUUUAAUGUGCUGAAUUGCGCUUUUGGAACCUGCAGAGAUCCGGAUCUCCCUCAUUUCUGGGAUUAUCGUGGAUUUUAUCAGCCUAAACAUGGAGUUUGAUUGUUUCCAGUCUUACUUUUUUCACGAUUUCGACACCGAGGAGGAUUUUUAUAAGUCCACUGCGCCCAGUGAGGAUAUCUGGAAAAAGUUCGAGCUGCUGCCCACCCCUCCCAUGUCCCCCCACAGGACUCUGUGUGACUCUGCCCUGCACUUCUCUCCGGGGGACAAGUUAAAUUGGCUGACCAAGGUGCUGGGGUCAGAUGAGGUGUAUGAGGGUACGUUCACGCCCGACCCCACGGAGCUUUUUGAUAACCUCAGCGCGCACAUCAUCCAGGACUGCAUGUGGAGUAGUUCUGAGAAAGUGUCGGCGGCUGCGGCACAGACCCCGGCUCCCCAACAGAUCUCAGUCCGGGCCACCAAGACGCAGUGCGCCUCAACGGGUGGUCUCAUCUCCGCGGCUAUAGACUGCGUGGACCCCGCCGCCGUUCUCACCUUCCCCGCCAGCAGCUGCAGAAAGCCGGCGUCGUCUGGCUCAGAGUCUCGCUCUGAUUCCUCCGACGAUGAGGAAGAAAUCGACGUGGUCACAGUGGAGAGCAAGCAGAACCGAGUGCGGCUGCUGAGUGGGAGGAAACCCGUCACCAUCAGGGUCCGCGCGGACCCCUGCCCCAAAAGCUUCCACAUGUCCAUCCAUCAGCAGCAGCACAACUACGCCGCCCGCUCGCCGGACAGCGACCCAGAAGAGGAUGAGGAUGAUGACGAUGACUACGAAGAAGAGCCUCUGAGCAAGCGUGCCUGCACGACAUCCCACCAGCUGCCGCCUUCCCCCUCGGACACCCCGCUGAACUCGGAUGCGGAGGACUCUGACCGCAGGCGAAACCACAACUUUCUGGAGAGGAAGAGGAGGAACGACCUCAGGUCUCGCUUCACCGCCCUGCGGGAUCAAAUCCCCAGCCUCGAGUCGGCCAAGGCCCCCAAGGUGGCUAUCCUGACCCAGGCAACGGAUUACCUGGAGGAGCUGCAUCUCAGCGAGAGGCGGCACCUUCAGGAGAAGAAGCGCCUCCGAUCCAGGCAGCAGCAGCUUCUCCGCAGAUUAUCUGAACUCAAACGCUCCUGAGACUUAAUAACAACUGCCUCAUUGACAGCAGAUAACUUCUACCCUCACAAAAAAUGUAUUACUUGUCACUUUCAAUGAAAGCUAUUCUUUUAUAAGCGCAACUUGCCUCCUGUAAAUAGCUGUGAAAUAUGUUCUAAAUGAAAUCAUAUGGCUGUGGGCUUCCUGUCAAAUCCACUGCCACGCCCUGUGAACCUGCUAAGGGGAGGAGCAGUUUGCUAUGAUGUGCUGUUUUGUUUUGUUUUGUUUUUUUUUUUUUGUUUUUUUUGCACAGUUUUGAACAAUGGGUCAUAAUUGUUUUUUAUUGCUAAUGCAAAGCUAUUUCCAGAUAUGCUGUGAUAAGAAAUAUUUUAUAUUUGACAAACAUUUAAACCAGUGAGGCAGGAAAAAAAAAAAUCUUGGAUUUCAUGUUUUCAUUUCAUUGUUGCACAACAGACCAAAAGUUUGGACACACAGUUGUAUCCAAACCUUUGGUCUGUACUGUGAAUGCCUUUCUGUUUGCAAGCGUGAAUGAAUAAUGACUUGAUGUAUAAAUAAAUCCUUUUGUAAAUAAUAGCAUAUUUCUCCGGGUAAAGGUGACAAAGCCAGGGUUUGUCUUACAACUUUGCUCCUCUGUGCCACCAGACUUCUAUUUUUUGUUAAGAAAGUAGGAAAAAAAUGAUAAAAAAGGAAAAAAGUAGCACCGCUGUACUUUAUAUUCACAUGUCACUUUGUGAUUUCAAUGCUUCUCUGAUUGUUGUUGUUUGUUUUUAUUUUUUAAAGCAUGAUAAACUCAAAGCAUCAUUAAAUUUUUAUACCAUAUUUACAUACAAA